UGUAUACCGCUCGGCGUAUAAUAUUGAAAGAUAAAAUAAAUCUCAUUAGAGAUUUUAUUUGUUUACCACAAUGUGUUCGCCGGGAAGCAGCUUGAUGUUAAUUCUAAUGCUUGAUUCAUGCGAUUCAUGCAUUAGUCACUAUAGCGCUUGUUCUUAUAUGUAUUUGUAUAUCAUACAUAUACAAUUUGUAUUAUUCUCUUUCUAUAAAAAUGAUAUACGCUGCUACUGCAUAGUGUACGUACGCAUUAUCUGCGAUUCAGAUUUAUUUGAUCCAAAAAUGUUGGAAAUACUUCAGCAUCACAGACAUAGAUAGAUAGAAGAUAAAUGGCCUUAUGUUAGCUGUGAUUAAUCAUGCGUUGCGCGUUGCAUGCUAUUUUUAAAAAACCUUUUUGUACCGCUUUAUACGAUCGGUUUUAUGUCAAUAAAGACGCUAAUUUAAUUAUUCUCACUGUAUACAUAGCGAAGUUUGAACAAGCGAAAAGCAGCGAAAAAAAAUUUUUAAAUGACAGGAGCACUGAACAGCUUUUAAAAUUCGAAAUACAUAACAGAAUUAUUAAUAUCGUAAAGUACACGUGAUUGUGUCGUUUAAAGAAAAUGGGAGAAAAUAAUCCAUCCUCAGCACGAAAGUAUGAAAGUACGAGGGAAAAGGGAUCAAAGAAAAAGAUAACUAUCGAAGUAGAUGAAGAUGAUCCUUGUCUCAAAAAGAAUGAGAUUCAUGAGGAAGAGUUACGUACUUCUGACGGGGAGGAGUUUAAAUGUUCUCCUGGCAAUGACCCGAGAUUUCAGCAACAAAAUCAGACGCAGAGAUGUUUCGUGAUGUAUACUGACUUCUAUCGCUGUGAGCACAUUUUAGGUAAAGGUUUCGAAGCAUGUACGUGGUUUAAAGAUGUUUUCACGUCCAUAUGUCCAAGGGCCUGGGUGGAACAGUGGGAUGAACUUAGACUUACAGGCAGAUUACCUUGGCAUAAAUAUAGAACUCAGGGCGAUUUCCCCGGCAACAAAUACGGCGAAUAAAAAGAGAGAGAGAGAGAAAUCAAUCUUGUGGAAUAAAAUUAAAAAGUUUUAUAUUUGA